AUGUCCGACGUCGCUCCUGAGCAUUCCGCUGCGACUGCCCCACAUCAUGAAGAGAAGGCUGCGGAGUCAGAGCUCCACCGGCCCCUGCCGAAGCUUUUUCAUGACGGAGAGGCGGGAGCGGAGAUGCAGGACAUGGAAUUGAAGAUGGACGGGCCGGACAAAGAGUUCGAUUUUGGAGUUGACGACUCCCUGGAUGGGCCGGAGGGAGCAUCCUCUGCAUCAGCAAAGAAGGGCAAGCAGCUCAAGUCGAAGCAGAAGGAUGCGGACCUUCCCAUGGUGCCGGAGCAGGAAGCCGCAGCUCAGAAUAACAAGCGGAAGUUUGAGCGCAUGUGCUCAAUCUGCAUGACUGUUCCUGCGAUCAACAAAUUCCUUUUCUGCAAACCGUGCAAGCGAGAUGUGCAAGCUUGCAGAGCUGAUGCGGAAAAGGACGGCCGACUGGCCGACUGGACUCGUCUGACCAAGACAGAGGAAGGACUGCGGCACUUGAUCCUCCACUACCAAAAGACGUGUCCAUCGCGUGGGCAAGGAAUUCGGCGUGACAGCUUCGACUGGGCCAGCUACACCAAGAAAAUCUUCACGACGAAGCAGAACAUCACCGGCACUCUUGAGGCGUACAUGGACUGGAUCGAGUACGAGAAGCAUGCCCUCUCGAAGGGCAACACUUCGAAGGAGGCAUUCGAGCAGUGGCAAGCUUGGGAAACCUCCAACCACGACCACGACUUCAGAGGCCGAAAGGACUACGAGAAACGCUUCGCUGUCCCGAUCCAGGACUACAUCCGUCGCGAGACGGUUACCGGCGAGAAGGAGGACAAACUCUUGACGGGUUGGUUGCAGCUAGACACAUGUCACUGGGAGUGUUGUUUUCUGUUCGCGGUCAAGGAAAUCAGCCAUGGCAGCAAAGUCAAGAAGGGCAGGGAGGCAGAGCAAAUGCUCGAGGGAUGCGCAGCUAUGAUCCGCAGGGCAAAG